AUGAAGUGUUACUUACUAGUACUCGUCUUAGCAUAUUUUCAAUGUUUUUCAACAGAAACACUUCAAAAGUUAACUAUUGAUGAGUUUCUCAAUUCAACCCAAUAUAAAUCAUUGAGUCUUUCACCUAAUGCUGAUUAUUUACUAGUUCACAGUUUACGUCCUGUGUGGGAAUCUAAUCGAUAUGAAGAUGCAUUGUGGCUUCAUCAAACUAAAACUAGACAAAAAAAAUUGAUUACUAAUCAACUUCAUUCUAAUAUCAAACCUAAAUGGUCACCAACUGGUACUUGGUUUUACUACUUAGUCAAUGCCGUUAAUGAACGUUCUCAAUCAUCGAAAAAUGAAAAAUAUCUUCAUUUAUAUAAUAUUAUUUCCGAAGAAACGUUAUUGAUUGAUGUUGGAACCCAAAAUCCACUGGCAAUCACAUGGGGAAAUGAUGAUAAUUCACUUUAUUUCAUUUCAAUAGCAUCAUCCCAAGAAGGUAACAAGAUGAACGAAAACGAAUGGAAGGAUGUUAUUCAAUAUCGACAACGAAAACACACAGAUAGCAGUACUUUCUAUCGUAUUGAUAUUAAGAAUAAAGAUCAGAAAAUAUCUGUGAAAAUCACGACUAUUAUCAAUAUCGAUUUUCUAGUUGGUGAACUUUUAUUGGCUCCAGCGGAAAAUAAACUUGUCUUUACAUCCGUAUCAGCACUUGUCGAAAAUCCGCAUGAUUUCGAAAUAUAUGCACUUGAUCUCAGAAAUGUAUCUUUACUAUCGAAAUUGACAGAUAACAAAGUUGUAGAACAAAAUCUGCAAUUAUCACCUGACGGUAAACACCUAUUCUUUGUAACAAUUUCCUUAGAGCCGACUGGCGGAAAAUAUAACGAUAAACAAAAUACAUUAGACUCAAUCGAUUUAACAAAUGGAAAGAUUGAACAUUGGGGAAAAGGCUUCAAUGGAAAUAUUAGGAGUUAUACAAUUCGAUCACAGGGUGGUGUUUAUAUACUUGGACAAUUAGGAAUCAAUGUUCAAUUAUAUGUACAACAAUCAUCAACAAAAUAUGUAAUGUUACAACAUGGAUGGGAAGGAACGUAUCAAUUAAUUUCAUCGGGCUCAUCCCCACAUUCAUUAUCGAUUGCAUUCGGUCAUUCAUCAUUCGAAAGACCAUUCGAGAUUUAUUUUAUUGAACAUAUCAAUCAAUUAUAUGUCGCGAAAGCUAUUACUUGUGGAAAUCAGCUUCUUCGUGAACGAAAUUUACCUCGAGCAAAAAUAUAUCGAUGGAUUAAUAGUGAAGAUGAUCGUAUAAUCGAAGGAAUUCUACAUUAUCCACCAGGAAAGUUUGGAUGUAAAAAUCUACCAUUAUUUGUACUUAUUCAUGGAGGUCCAAAUGCUGCAAGUCUCAAUAUGUUAAUAGGGGAUUAUUAUUCGUGGGCUCCAUUAGCAGCCACAGAAGGUUGGUUAGUUCUUGAACCUAAUUAUCGAGGUACGGGAGGAUAUGGUGACGAAUUUCUAAGUGAAAUUAUUGGUCAUCCUUUAUCUCGACCAGGACGAGAUAUUCUUGCUGGUGUUGAUAGUUUAAUCAGCGAUGGCAUCGCUAAUCCAAAUAGACUUACUGUUGGAGGUUAUAGUUAUGGUGGAUUUUUAACAAACUGGUUGAUUACUCAAACAACACGUUUUAAUGCUGCUGUAUCGGGUGCUGGGCCAGCUGAACAUGUUUCCCUUUGGGGUUCAAUAGAUAUGCCUGUGUAUGUUGCAACUUAUAUUGGUGGAUAUCCGUGGGAAAUACCAGAAACUUAUUAUAACGAAUCAAUUAUGUUUAAAUUAGGUCACGUCCAAACGCCAACACACAUUGUUAGUGGUGCAAAUGAUCUGCGUGUUCCUCCGUCUGAAAGUUUAAUGUUAGAGCGUGGUUUACACUAUCUUGGUGUUCCUGCGAAAUUGUUAUUUUUUCCAAAUGAAGAUCACGAUCUGACUAUCAAUCCAUGGCAUGGAAAAAUUAAAGUUCGAGAAGAACUUAAAUGGCUUAACAAAUAUGGACAUACAUCGCUAAAUAAGACAAUAAACUAG